AUGGUGAGAAACAAACAAAGUGCCCGGCCAUUGAGCGCCGGAAAAAGGCUAAUUGGAAUAACGGAAACGGCCCCCAAAAGAAGGCGUUACCGUCCAGGAACGAAGGCACUCAAAGAAAUCCGCCAGUAUCAAAAGAGUACCGAUCUUCUUCUUCGAAGGCUUCCAUUCGCACGGCUCAUUCGAGAAAUCGCUAUUUCAAUGCUAGGACAGCAUUACGUAGUCCGUUGGCAGUCGCAAGCCCUUUUGUGUUUGCAAGAGGCUGCCGAGGCGUUUCUUGUGGGACUCUUUGAGCACACAAACCUCUGUGCGCUUCAUUGUGGACGUGUGACGAUAAUGCCAAGGGAUAUGCAGUUGGCUCGUCGUCUUCGGGGGUUUGUUUGA